AUGGGUCCUCGGCGAGCCGAGACGGACUUGUGGAAAGCAACCCCGUCGGGAGAAAGAAGCCGGGUAAUCGGAGUUGAGAGGCCCGAAGUCGAAGAGGCGGUGAUGCAUCUGCUGCGAAGUCGACGGCUGCUGCGACGGAUGCCGCGACUGCUGCUGCGACGGCCGAUGCUAGAGCUGGCGACUCAGUCGAGCGAAGACAAGGACGAAGUCGGCGGAGGUGACGGAGGCGCUGCGAGCAACGAUGAUCUCCGGAUUGACAUCAUCGAUUUUUUUUUUUCUCUCAACGGCGCAAGAGGAAAUGAGGAGAGUGAGAGAUAG